CAUUGCGGAAUUUGGAGAACUUUCAAAGGUAACAACAAGCAAAACUCGACAACCACCGCCACCAUGAGGACGUACGACGAUACUUUCUCGGGCCAGAAGAUUUACCCUGGCAAGGGUAAACUCUACGUCCGUGGCGACAACAAGACCUUCCGAUUCUCGACGGGCAAAUCCGAGUCUCUCUUCCUUCAGCGCAAGAACCCCCGCCGCAUUGCCUGGACCGUUCUCUACCGGAGACAGCACCGGAAGGGUAUUUCUGAGGAAGUCGCCAAGAAGCGCACCCGCCGGACCGUUAAGUCGCAGCGAGCCAUCGUCGGCGCCUCCCUCGAUGUGAUCAAGGAGCGACGGACCAUGCGCCCCGAGGCCCGCAGCGCCGCGCGCCUGGCCGCCAUCAAGGAGAGCAAGGACAAGAAGGCCGAGGCCGCCGCGGCCAAGAAGGCCGAGAAGGCGAAGAACGCCGCGCAGGCCGCCAAGGGCCAGUCGGCGAGCCGCAUCUCGAGCAAGCAGGGUUCCAAGGGAGCGCAGAUCAAGGUUCAGGCCAAGACCCGAUAAGUUAGUUAUGCUGCUUUGGGGGGAGGGGAGGAACGCGGAGUCGGGUCGGUCUCAGGGUUUUUUUCUCGUACUCGCUGGGAGGGGGCAUAGGGUUUUCUCCCGCUCGAUAAAAAUACACACGACAACGUUCUGAAGAGGGCCGGUUGCAUGGAAUCCUACAUCACUGGGCGAUAGCGGUAUGGGGAUGUGCAUGAGUUAGCUCACAAGAAUGGACAGCUUGUGCAUGAUCUGAAUAGCAUGUCCGCCCGUGAGAGCGCUGAGAUCGACGUCCCCUUUGUAGCUGUCCGGCAAUAUCACGAGCAACGCUUAGCCAUCGUGAGACACACCACAGUCGGUAGAGAGGCAUUUCGAGAGUGAAUGUUGAUUUCUAAGUCCCGG